GUCGGAACUAACUGCCGGGGCAACUUCUGCCGUGUGUUCCCCAAGCAACCGAGACCACAGGGGGGGGGCGGGGGACAGAGAGAGAAAUGGCCACUUAAGAAGACGUCUAGGUACUUGACGGGACACCGGACGGGCCGGGAGUCCGAGGAGGACCCUGACGUGUACCGGGCCGGCGGAGGCAGCGCCGCGACGUUACGGCAACAGGAGGUUGAGCUGGGGCGGACAUGGCGGACGGGUCCCGAGCUGCCAGAUAAACGAAACCGAAGAGGAGCACAGCGUUGUUUGUUUUAAUGCUGCGUGGAAAAGCCGGGGGCCGCCAAGGACUGUGAGCCCCCCGCGCACCCCUUCCAUCGUAGCCGGCAUGGCGUCCACUCAAGCCCGGCUCGGCCAGCAGGCCUUAGCGGUGCUUGAUGUGACCCUGCGAGUUCCAUGUAUCUUUAUUAUCGACGCCAUUUUUAACUCCUAUUACGACCCGGGUUCGGGGUGGGCCGGUACCAUGGGCAAGGUGUUGGUCAGAGUCACGGGUGUCCUGGUCUCCGGCAUGGUGCUGCUGCUCUCCCAAAAGGCCUUGUUCAAGUUCUACACCCUCUUCUCUGCCGUUCUGCUGGGCGUGGUGGCGGUGCUCAUCAACUACUACGCCACCUCUCACAUAGACUUCUACAGCGCCUACUACAAAGCGGCGCUGGGCUUCAGAUUGCUUCCCAGAAACGGCCCGACGCUGUGGCUGGGCGUGGCGGCGGUGCAGCUGGUUUUUGGCGUGGGCUACGUGGUUCUGCUAAACCUCCAGUCCGUGUUCGCCGCGCUGGUGGUGCUGGACAUCAUGAUCCCCCUGUGGGGGCUGAUGAUCGAGCUGCCCGCCGACGUCAGGCAGCUAGUGGCCGUGUUUUCGGGCCUGGCGCUGGCGCUGCACACGGCCGUGUGUCUGGCCGCGAGGCUGAAGUGGUUUUACUACUCGUGCCGGUACGUCUACCUGCUGGUGCGGCACAUGUACAGGAUCUACGGGCUUCAGCUGCUGCUGGAGGACACCUGGAAGAGGAUCCGCUUCCCCGACGUGCUGCGGGUGUUCUGGCUGACCCGGGCCACCUCCCAGGCGCUGAUCCUGGUCUACGUGGUGCGCGCGGUGAGGAGGGAGAGCGGGGACGCCACGGGUGGCGUGGUAGACGGGAGCGGCGACUCACAGGGCUACCUGCUGAGCUGGGACGUGUUCUGGGAUCUGACCAGCAACCUGAUCAUCUCCGGCUGUGACUCCACGCUCACCGUGCUGGGGAUGAGUGCCGUCAUCUCCUCUGUCGCACACUACCUGGGCCUCAGCAUCCUGGCCUUCAUAGGUUCGACGGAGGAGGAGGACAAGCGUCUGGGCUUCGUGGCUCCCGUUCUCUUCUUCAUCCUGGCUCUGCAGACCGGGCUCAGCAGCCUGGACCCGGAGGAGCGCCUGGUCCGCCUGAGCCGGAACAUGUGCCUUCUGCUAACGGCCAUCCUGCACUUUGUCCACGGCAUGACCGACCCCGUCCUCAUGUCCCUGAGCGCCUCCCACGUCCCCUCCGUCCGCCGCCACCUCCCCGUCCUGCUGGUGUCGCUGGCGCUCUUCGUGCUCCCCGUGGCACUCAGCUACGCCCUCUGGCACCACUACGACCUCAACACCUGGCUGUUCGCCGUUACCGCCUUCUGCGUGGAGCUCUGCCUCAAGGUGGUGGUGUCCCUCACCGUCUAUGGCCUCUUCAUGGUGGACGGCUUUUCCAACGUCCUGUGGGAGAAGCUGGACGACUACGUCUACUACGUGCGCUCCACGGGCAACAUCAUCGAGUUCCUGUUUGGCGUCAUCAUGUUCGGCAACGGCGCCUACACCAUGAUGUUCGAGUCGGGCAGCAAGAUCCGUGCGUGCAUGAUGUGCCUGCACGCCUACUUCAACAUCUACCUGCAGGCCAAGAACGGCUGGAAGACCUUCAUCAACCGCCGCACGGCCGUCAAGAAGAUCAACUCGCUGCCAGAGAUGCGCGGCGACCAGCUGACGGACAUCGAGGACGUGUGCGCCAUCUGCUACCAGGAGUUUGCCACGUCGGCGCGCAUCACGCCCUGCCACCACUACUUCCACGCGCUGUGCCUGAGGAAGUGGCUCUACAUCCAGGACACGUGCCCCAUGUGCCACCAGAGGGUCUACGUGGAGGACGAGAGCCGGGACAGAGCCGCCUUCUCCAACAACAACGGGGGCUACGCGGCGCCGCAGGACCUCGCCGCCGCCGCCGCGCCCCCGCCGGCCCCCGGGGGGGGGGACCGGCACGGAGAGCCGGACGCCGAGCCUGCGGGGGCCGGGGAGGCGGGGGCCGGCGUCCAGGCCGCGGGCGCGGGGGGCGGGGCGGACGACGAGCUGCUGGAGGACAACGACAGCAUCGAGUACGACGAGGACGAGUGGGGGACUCGGAGCGGCAACUCGCCGGUAGAAGAAGACUUUAUCAACGACGACACGGACUCCACGGAGGACUGACGGGAAGAGAGAUAUAAAAAGAUUCUAUUUAAGUUAAUGAUAAUAAUUAUAAAAACACAUCUUCUUAAAAUGUCAGGGAUGUCAUGCUUUUUGUUCUUUUUAGUUUGAGUUUUACUCUAAAAGGGCUCGAGGAAAGAAUAACUGCUGCUGUGUGUGUCUGUGUGUGUGUGUGUGUGUGUCUGUGCGCGCUUGGGCGACGACUUGAAGCUGCGAUUGGAGUUUUUGUGUCAGAAUGCCGGUUUGUGUUCGUCAUUAAGGAUGGAACCCACUCGAGGUCCCAUCAACGUGGUUCUGGGAGUUUGAGGUUUAAAACGCAGAUUAAUCGGAUUCCUUUCUUUCUUUGUUCCGUUUGGUUGACGGCGUUUUGCCCGAGCCGCUCGCUCGCUGCCGUGAACCGACGGACCGAGUGCCGGUUGCAGAGAGGGAGGCCGUAAAGAAGUGACUCGCUGCUGUAACCAGUGAAAUGCCGCUCACGACUUAAUACUGGUCCCUUGUGUGACCUCACAUUUGUGUACGUUAUUGUACAUGUGAUUAAAAAACGAAACACGGGCACAUUCUCCAUUAGGAUGAGAUGUUUUUUUGGUUCUUUUCCUUUCAGUGUUUUAGUUCAGUCGUGUUCUGGAUCCACAGAACAUGCGAGUGAGCGUGAAAGGUGACGUCCCAGCGAGUUAUUGGUCAUUUAGAAGAUGCACCUUUUGUAGGUUUCUAAUCAAACCACCGCUCUGAAGGCUCACAUGCUUCUAGUCCCACGAUUCAAUAUCAAUAAUGGAAUUUCCUUUCCUGUGGUAAUUAACGACGAGUGGCCCUUCCAUACAAUUGUAGUAAACAAAAGGUAAUACACGAUACAUGUGUAUCAUUGUAGGGGAGGACGACUCGUUCCGCCGCUACAUGGACGCCUCAUUUAAAGCACCGGAGCGACACACGGACCCAGAGAUCAUUUAGGAGCCACGUGUCACUUUCAUAAGUAUUCUUAUUUGAUUUGGAUCUUAUUUGAUCACAGCUCGGCAGUUACGCUCGCUUGUAUUAAAAAGGGUUCUUUCUCCUCCUCGUGUUUAGACUUCCACAGCCUGAACGUCUUAAAGGGUUUGACUACAAACUCCUCUUCAUUACUGUUGUAAUUGAUGGUCGUGGGAAAAAUAAAUAAAUAAUAAGCUGCAAGGAA